AACCAAGCCACACGUUUAACUACUCACCUAACUUUCUCCACCUUACUUUCAAUUGUAUUUAUAUCACCUUCUCUUCUUCCUUUUAUACCAAUCUCUCUCUGUUUUCUUCUCUAACUCAUAAAUUUUCUUCUUUUCAACUGUUUUUCUCAUAAAAAAGCAACCAGAAAUGGUGAGUGUAGCUACUGUUGAUGCCCAAAAAGCAGAGGUAUUAUCUUCUGUAAUUUCUCCGAAUCAAAAUCAAUCUUCGGAAGAGCUACAUGUAUUCAGAUCGAAAUUACCAGAUAUAUCAAUUUCCAAUAGCAUACCACUCCAUGUCUACUUGUUCGAAAGGUUAUCGGAGUUUGAGGAGAGGACAUGUCUUAUAGCAGGCAACAGUGGAGAAACAUUCACUUUUGGUGAAACGCAUCUCAUCUGCCAGAAAAUUGCUGCUGGUUUAACGAAGGUAGGGAUCAAAAAGGGAGAUGUUAUCAUGACUUUUCUACAGAACUGUUCGGAAUUUGUGUUUACUUUUCUAGCAUCUUCUAUGAUUGGAGCUGUUAUCACUACGGCUAAUCCGUUCUACACGAAAUCGGAAGUGUUUAAGCAGUUGAAAGCUUCGAAUGCGAAAUUAAUUGUUACUCAAUCGCAGUAUGUGGAUAAAUUCCGUGAUCCCGCGGAAAAUGAUCCGAAAAUUGGGGAGGAUUUUUCGGUCGUUACAAUCGAUGAUCCGCCGGAGAAUUGCUUGCAUUUCUCUGUGCUUUCGGAAGCUAAGGUAGAAGAUAUGCCAAAAGGAGUUGUUAUCCAUCCUGACGACCCCGUGGCUCUUCCGUUUUCGUCAGGGACCACGGGGUUGCCAAAAGGAGUGAUACUGACUCAUAAAAGCUUGAUUACAGGGGUGGCUCAAUUGGUGGAUGGCGACAACCCAAAUUUUUACUUGAAGCACGACGAUGUGGUGCUGUGUGUGCUUCCUCUGUUUCAUAUAUUCGCGCUGAAUUCAGUGCUUUUAGUCUCGUUAAGAGCUGGAGCUAGUGUUCUGUUGAUGCAAAAAUUCGAAAUUAGUGCGCUGUUGGAGCUGAUACAAAAACACCGUGUCUCAGUCGCUGCUGUAGUUCCGCCCCUGGUUCUUGCAUUGGCGAAAAAUCCAAUGGUGGAUUCGUUCGAUUUGAGCUCGAUACGGCUCGUGCUGUCUGGGGCUGCGCCGCUAGGGAAGGAGCUGGAGGAAGCACUCCAUAGAAGAGUGCCCCAAGCCAUAUUUGGACAGGGAUACGGUAUGACAGAGGCAGGACCAGUAGUAACAAUGUGUCCAGCAUUUGCAAAGCAACCAUUAUCAACUAAAUCCGGUUCAUGUGGCUCUGUGGUUCGAAAUGCGGACCUCAAGGUGGUUGACCCGGAAACCGGUGGCUCCCUUGACCGCAACCAACCCGGUGAAAUUUGCAUUCGCGGUUCUCAAAUCAUGAAAGGUUACCUGAAUGAUGAUGAGGCCACUGCACGGACCAUAGAUAUCGAUGGAUGGCUCCACACCGGCGAUAUAGGAUAUGUAGAUGACGAUGAUGAAAUAUACAUUGUCGAUAGAGUCAAAGAGCUCAUAAAGUUUAAAGGUUUCCAGGUGCCACCAGCUGAGCUUGAGUCUCUUCUAAUAAGCCAUCCAGAAAUUGCAGAUGCUGCUGUUGUGCCGCAAAAGGAUGAUGCUGCAGGGGAAGUCCCGGUUGCAUUUGUAGUCCGUUCGGCCCAAGGUUUUGAUCUUACUGAAGAAGCUAUAAAGGAAUUUAUUGCCAAACAGGUGGUAUUCUAUAAAAAAUUGCACAAGGUGUAUUUUAUUCAUGCAAUUCCGAAGUCUCCAUCUGGAAAGAUACUAAGGAAAGAUUUGAGAGCCAAACUUGCCGCGACACCACAAUGAUAAUGCACUCUGUCUACGCAAAGUCCGUAAUUGUAUCGAAGAUCACUUAUGUCUUUAACAGUAUUGUAUCAAGUCUUAUAUAUACAAUGACUAAUUCUGUGAAGGUUGAUUUACUUUUAAAAAAAAAAAAAAUUCUUCACUUUUUGUGUGAAUUUUCUGGAUUCUUUGAAAGGAAAACUUUCAGUUUUAUAAAUUCAUGCACCAUUAUUUAU